UGAUUUUCAAUAAUAACAAUAAUAAUAAAAUUUCCAUCAUUGUCUUUCCAUUUGUUUUGAUGGUGAAAUAAAAUUUUGAAACAUUCCCGCAGCAAAAAAAUUUUCAUCUCGAAAAUGAAACCAUCGGCGAACAAAAUUUUCAAUUCAUUAUUUUCAUCUCAACGUAUGAAUAUUCUUUAUUCAUCAUGGUCUUCAUUGAAUAAUCAUAAUAUUGGACCAUUAUCAUCACCAACAAACGGAUCAUUUCAUCAUAAUAAUAAUCAUCAUAAUCAUUUUUAUAAUCAUCAUCAUCAUAUAUCAAUGUUUUCAAUUGGAAAAUUUCGUUUAUCAUUAUAUUUUAUUUGUAUAUUGGCCAUAACAACAACAUUAUAUUGCCUUAUUUCAUAUCGUUCAACAUAUUAUGAUUAUCAUCAUCUACAAACACCAUUGAUUUCCAUCAAUAAUAAUCAUGAUAAUAAUCUUAUUAAUAAUAAUCAAAACAUUAAUGAUCAACAUAAUGUUCAUCAUCAUAAUAAUAAUAAUAAUAAUCAACAAGAAGAUAAGGUAUCGAAUUCAUUAUUAUUAUUAUUAUCAUCAUCUAAACAGACAAUUAUUGAUAAAGUGAUACAUAUGAUUAAUCAAUAUUAUCUUGAUUAUUUUCAUCUAAUGAUAUUUGAUAAUAAUAAUAAUAUUAAUAAUGAUCCUGUUUUUGUUGUUGACACUUCCACAAAACAAAAACAUAAUUCAGUGCCUAUUAUCAAUAAUAAUAAUGGCCGAUCAAUUGAAUUAUAUAAAUUGGUCAAUAUGAUUGACAAUCUAACACAAAUUGAUGAUAAUAUUGAUUAUAAUUUAAAAUUAUCAUCAAAUUCAUUCAAUAAAUAUCUUCAAGAACGUGAUAAUAAUAAUAAUCAAUAUGUUGACGAUUAUGUUAAUGAUGAUGAUGAUGAAUUUGAUUCAAGUAGUAUUGAAUAUCAAUUACGGCAAUUAGGUUUCAAUCUUAAACAUAUCGUUUAUCUAUAUGCACGUAAUCAUCCAGAUAAUUUAACAAUGGCAUCAAUGGCUAAAUCAAUCGAAGAUUCAUCAUUUUCAACAACAAAAAUUAAAUCAAAUCGACGUUUUUAUCAUCAACGUCAUGCUCAAACAAAAUCAAAAUCACAAAAUCUUUCCGGUUUAUUAUCCGAUGAAUUUCUUGAAUCAAUCAUAUUUAUAACGGCAAUCGAUUCAAAUCAAUUUCAAUUGGGUAAAAGUUUCAUCAAUUCUUUUGGACAUUUUCGCAAAAUUGGCAAAAAUUUAUUGAAUUUUGAGCUUAUGAUUUAUGAUCUUGGUUUGUAUCCCGAUCAAUUGAGUCAAAUUGAAAGACUAUGUCAACAACCGAAAAGAAAUGGAAAACAAAUAUUAUGUACAAUUCGUACAUUUCAAUAUGAUAUCUAUCCAUCACAUGUUUCCGAUUUACGAAUGGCUGCAUAUCGUUCAAUUAUCAUACAAGAAAUGUUACGUGAUAUCAAAUUGACAAGACAAUAUCGUCGAAAACAAAUGAUUAAAAACAAUGAAAAUAAUAUCCUUAAUAAUAACGACAAAAAAGACAAAAUAUUUAAUCGUAAUAUCAAUGAUACAACGACAAUAAUUUGGUUAGAUCCACAAUAUCAUUUUAUUGAUUCCAAACAUUCGAUUAUUGAACAAUUACAAUCAAAAAUUCUCCAUCAAUCUGGUAUAUUAUCAUGGCCGAUUGAACAACCAACAUCAGCAUUGACACAUCCACGAAUGUUUGAAUAUUUUCAUACAACUAAAGAGAAUUUUUAUUUUCAUCGAAUGAUUCGACCGGGUCAUUUGAUGAUUACCAUCAAUGAUCAAACAUGGAAACCAUUCGAAUGGGGAAUCAUGUUACCUUGGGUUCGUUGUGCCUUGACAAGUGAUUGUAUUUCACCAUUAGGCAGUCAAUGGCGAUCUACAUGUCGAUUAGAUAAAAAACCACAUUAUCGUUAUAGUGGUUGCCAUCAUUAUGAUAUGUCAGCAUUGAAUGUUGUUCUAGGUAUUGCAUUCAAUUUUUCAUCCUCAUCAUAUUCAGCACGUUUAUCACAGCGAUUUUUUUGGCCAUUCAAUAAACCAAUGCCGGCAGAAAGACAGAAUAAUCAAGGUAAUGAUGAUGAUGAUGAUGAUGAUAUUAUAUUUGAAUAUCAAUUUGAAGAUGGUGAUGAUCAACAAUCAAAUAAUGUUCCUGGAAGAUAUGAUCUUGUUAUGAAUGAUGAUGAUAUACCGGAAGAAUUUUUCGAUCAAUCACAGCAGAAAAAAUUUUCUGGAUUUCUUUUCUCAUCAAAACCAUCAUCAUCAUCAAUGUCUUCCAGGUCUUCAUAAAAAGAU